AUGCAUAAGGUCUUAGUACCAAGUCGCUCUGGGGUCCACCGCUUUGCUUGUUUGGCGCUUUAUCGGGCCCUUCUCCGACAAUGUUCUCCCUCCGCCGCCGGUGAUGCGCCUUGGCGCGACGAGACCAAAUGUCUCGUCCAGCAAAGGUUUCGAAGAUAUAAAAGGCUACAGAGUCCUUCUCAGAUCGCAAAUGCAUUGAAGGCAGGAUACGAGGCUGUGGAUUUGCUUGACCGCACGUCUAAAGGAAGCCAGCCGGACUCCCACAAGCUCACUGCGAUACUUUCCCAGGCAAAGUCUUUCAAGGAGCAAUAUGCCGCUGAGCAAAGAAGGGUUGCGGAGCUGAUUCGACCGAAGCCGGUAUCACCGAGACAGGCUCGAAAGGAAGAGACUAUACGAUUCGAGCAAGAAACCUCCCGCAAGCACCCAGAUGCUCCGUCGAUUCUGGAUCGCCCGCGACUAAAUUUAAACGGGAAACGAAAGGUGCCGGUGCUGGUAAAUGCGCGUGGGAUACCUUUCUUGCGAAUCAAGAAGCCUCAGCCGAGGAAUCUGAGUGGUGUCAUACGAAGCAAGCUCGAAAAGCGCUGGAACCGUAUUGUAAUCCGUGACAGGCUACAUGUGGACCUUCUCUUUGCCAAAGAUGAGGACGCUUGGGAUCAUCUCACCAGAGCCGCGGAGCGACCGACGUGGUCCGAAGAGGUCAAGCUUGCUCUGGAUAACGUGUAUGACAAAAUUCGGGAAACCGACAGGCAAAACCGCGAGCUGGCUGAGAGUAUGUGGAACAUUGUGCUUGAAGAGAGAAAAUUGGCGGAGAAAGAAGACGAGCAGAGACAGUUGAACCAGUCGGCCUUGCAGGACAGGACUACUUGA